AGUAAAUAACAGAUGCGGGUGAAGGAGCCUUCCAGUGCUUUACCUGAGAAAGCCAAAAGAAAUAAAAGGCCUAUUGCUGUACCCCAUGAUGAAGACUCUUCAGAUGACAUUGCUGUAGCCUUAAUUUGCCAACAUGUAAGUCAUGCUAUCAGCGUGAAUCAUGUAAAGAAAGCAGUCGCUGAGAAUCUGUGGUCAGUUUGUUCAGAAUGUUUAAAACAAAGAAAAUUCUGUGAUGGACAGCCAGUGCUUACUUCUGAUAUUUGGUUAUGCCUCAAGUGUGGUUUUCAGGGGUGUGGUAAAAACUCAGAAAGCCAGCAUUCACUGAAGCACUUCAAGAGUUCCAGAACAGAGUCCCAUUGUAUUGUAAUUAGCCUGAGCACCUGGAUUAUAUGGUGUUAUGAGUGUGAUGAAAAAUUAUCAACACAUUGCAAUAAGAAGGUUUUGGCCCAGAUAGUUGAUUUUCUCCAGAAACAUGUUUCUAAAACACAAGCAAGUACAUUUUCUAGAAUCAUAAAACUUUGUGAAGAAAACUGUGAACCAGGUGAUGUAAGGAAGGAAAGAAAAGGCAGCAGUGUGACAUCUGUGAAAGGAAUUACGAAUUUAGGCAAUACUUGCUUUUUUAAUGCUGUCAUGCAGAACUUGGCACAGACUUACAUUCUUACUGAACUGAUGAAUGAGAUAAAAGAAAAUGGUACAAAAUUAAAAAUCUUUCCUUCUUCAGACUCUCAGCUGGAUCCGUUAAUGGUGGAACUUUCAAGCCCUGGACCACUGACCUCAGCCUUGUUCCUGUUUCUUCACAGCAUGAAGGAGACUGAAAGAGGACCACUUUCUCCUAAAGUUCUUUUUAAUCAGCUUUGUCAAAAGGCCCCUCGAUUUAAAGGUUUCCAACAGCAGGAUAGUCAGGAACUUCUUCAUUAUCUUCUGGAUGCAGUCAGGAUAGAAGAAACAAAGAGAAUACAAGCCAGCAUUCUAAGAGCAUUUAACAAUCCGACUACUAAAACUGCUGAUGAUGAAACAAGAAAAAAAGUCAAAGCAUAUGGAAAAGAAGGUGUGAAAAUGAACUUCAUAGAUCGGAUAUUUAUUGGUGAAUUAACUAGCACAGUCAUGUGUGAAGAAUGUGCAAAUAUCUCCAUGGUGAAAGAUCCUUUCAUUGACAUUUCACUUCCUAUAAUAGAAGAAAGGGUUUCAAAACCUGUGCUCUUAGGAAGAAUGAGUAAAUACAGAAAUUCACAGGAGACAGAUCAUAGCCAAAAAAGUGGCACUUUUACUAUAGGAAAUACUCAUCAACACAAAGCCACCAAGAAGCAUUCUUCAUCUAAAGAUAAAAAACAACUAAUUCAUGACAGAAAACGUAUAAGAAAUUUGUCAUCUGGAAAAGAGAAAACUGCUGUCAUAUGUCCGAAAAAUGAGAGCCUCGAAACGAAUGGGAACUCUUCAGUGUCUUUUGCAAGCAUCAUGAUGAAUACGGAAUCAAUUCUGAAUGAAAGCCCUACGGACGGCAGUGAAAAGGAAGCCAGUCAUUCUGAAAGUAGUGUUGAUGCUGACAGCGAGGCCUCAGAAUCGGAAAGUGUCUCACAGCGGACUGUGUUGUUUAGAUCCAGUAAUGUGUCCUGCAUGCACACGGAUGGACCCUUCCACCAUCUACCAGCAAGUGAAUUGCUACAUCAUGCGGACAGCGGUGAUGAGGAAAUGGCUGGAGCUAUUUCUGAACUUCAUUUGAGCAACAGUGUAACUGGAGACAGAGAUGUCGACAGAGAAAAUCAACCACUAAAUAUUCCAAAUAAUUUAUGUUUUACAGAAGAGAAGCAUAUGAUGUCUGAUAGCCCCCAAAAUGCUUUUCAGACCCUCUCUCAGAGCUAUAUAACCACUUCUAAAGAAUGUUCAGUUCAGUCCUGUCUCUACCAGUUUACAUCUAUGGAAUUACUAAUGGGGAAUAACAAGCUUCUUUGUGAGAAUUGUACUGAAAAGAAAGAGAAAUACCAAAAGGACAGUUAUGCAGAAAAGAAAGGAGAAGGGAUUUAUACUAAUGCUAGGAAGCAACUGCUCAUUUCUGCUGUUCCAGCUAUCCUAAUUCUCCAUCUUAAAAGGUUCCAUCAGGCUGGCUUGAGUCUUCGCAAAGUGAACAGACAUGUAGAUUUUCCACUCAUGCUUGAUUUAGCACCAUUCUGUUCUGCUGCUUGUAAGAAUGUAAGUGUGGGAGAUGAAGUGCUUUAUAGUCUCUAUGGAGUAGUGGAACAUAGUGGCUCACUGAAAGGAGGCCACUAUACGGCGUAUGUAAAAGUGAGAGCACCCUCCAAGAACCUAUUGGACCCUGCCAUUGGAAAGAAGAAGGAACCAGGUUUGAAAGAAUCUGAGAAUGAAUCAACAGGACAGUGGGUCCAUGUUAGUGACACUUACGUGCAGGUGGUUCCAGAAUCAAGAGCACUUAGUGCACAAGCUUACCUUCUUUUUUAUGAAAGAAUAUUAUGAUUACCUAUUCACUAUAAUGGUAAUGAUUAUUUUAGAUCACUCUUAUUUAUAUGCUGCAUUGAGAACUAUAAUGAGUAAUGUGCCUUUGUUGUGGCCUCUCUUCUGUAGGAAUAGCAUGUCUCUCAAAUGUUUCCACAUUUUUCACCAUUUUGGUGAACCCUUUUAAAAUAAAUUAAAUUUAUUCAAUUUCAAUUCUAUAUUAAUAAAUAUAAAAACAUGCUUUUUCCUAAAUAUGUGUCCUAGAAUAAAACCAGAGUUUACAGUAAUAUAGGAAAACCCUUUAUGGCUCUUUGUUACAAGGAUUUAUAAAUGAUGCUGGCUAAAUCACAUCAUCCCUUAAAACAGUGCUUCCCAAAUGUAAGUCACAUGGUACCUUCCUGAUUUCU